UUGUAGUUGUAUUUUGCGCCUCUUCUGAUAGACCACGAUGUAGUUCCCUCUACUAUUCCCGAAUCACCACACGCUUUAAAGUCAACAAGAUACUCUUUUGUCUCUAGCUGACCUCUCCUAUAUUCAUGUUCAUUCUUCUUUUGUGUGCUAAAGAAGUCACACACAAUCGGUAAAAUGACACUGAAUUAUUCAAGUGAUAGCGAGAAUAUAGAGAAUGUCCUUGAAAAGAGAUUGAAGAGACUGGAAAAAAUGAUGAAGAAGAAAAAACAUAAUAAAAAACGGAAAAGUAAGUAAGCAUCUGUUUACGUUCGUUACAGAUUAGGUUGCCAUGCGUCAUGUGGUUGUUAACAGAAAUUUUUUCCGGCGCUUUUUUUCCGGAGGUGAAUGGUGCCAUUUCGGAACCAAAUAAAAAAAGAGACGAAAGGAUUGUGUUAUUAAACAAAAUAAAAUCAGCGCAUGUCUCUCCAUCAUGGGGAAAAUGUUUCAAGCAGUCUUAUGUGAAAAACAAGAAAAGUUCGUGCUCUUAGAACAACUGAUUGUGAGUGACGUCGGCCGUCUCCUAUCAGAUCUUCAACAUGAUGAGGUCAGGAAGAAUUUGAUUCUCGCAAAUUUAAACACGCCUUUCAAAGAGGUUCUAACGACGACGACGUCAGAUGAAUUGUUGUUCGGAAAGAGCCUCGAAGAAGGCCCUGCCUCGACGUCAGACCGGUCAGCAUUUUCAGAGGACGUCGGAAACGGGCGGGAAGAAACCGUAUAUAUCGAAAAACCUGAACAACACUUCGCGGCAGAGGGACAACCGUCGUCGGGAGGAACCAAAACGGAGACAAGAGCAGCGUUAUUAUCGGAAAUUCUAGUUGAACCUGGAACCGCAUCCACUGUAGAAGAGCCUUUCCCUGGUAGUCGGGAGGUUAUAGUGAGAGCUUGCCAAGCAAAACAUAUUCCGGAAGAAGCAUUACAUUUGAUGAUCUCGUCGCUGCGUCUUUCGUUGCUUAAACAGUAUGACUGCGCUUUAAGGAAGUGGUGGAAUUUUUGUCAGAAAAAGAAGAUCAGUCCCUUUCAGCCAUCGAUAGAGGAAGCAACUGAAAUUCUCGCCGAAGAGUUCAAGGGAGGAGCGGCUCAUGAAUCGCUUAAUUCCCUUAGAUCGGCGUCAAGGUUUUCAUAUUCGACGUCUGUUCAAAGGAAUAUCGGAACUUCGCCCAUCAAGGCCAAAAUAUGAUCAUACAUGGGAUCCAAAAGUAGUUUUGGAUUAUUUUGAUAAGUUGGAUGACAAUGAGAAUAUGCCGCUGUGCUUACUGUCUGGAAAGCUCAUCACUCUUUUAGCUCUUAUAACGGGUCAGAGGAUGCAGACGCUGUCAUUAAUCAAAUUGCAGAACAUCGAAAGAAGUCAGGACGUGAUACAGAUGAAGAUACCGGAUAUAAUCAAAACAUCGGGCCGAAAUCGUUCACAGCCACUUCUAUUAUUACCUAAAUAUGAUAUAAAUGAAAAAAUUUGUCUCGAACGAACUUUGGACAAUUACUUACAAAAGGCAGAACGAAUAAAAGGUCAAGUUGAUUCGUUGUUUGUUUCUUUAAAGAAACCAAUUUGAAAAGUUUCGGCUGGAACUCUGGCAAAAUGGACAAAAAAUGUUUUAAAAGCGAGUGGCGUCGAUACUUGGAUAUUCUCAGCUCAUAGCACGUUUCAUGCGUCAAUCUCAGCUGCCAAACAAAAGGGUCUUGGCAUCGACAGCAUCAAAAAGGCGACAGGUUGUUCAGAGAAGUCUCGAUUUUAUGACUUGCCAGUUGUACCGGAUAACACUGCGUUUGCUAAUGCAAUCUACGAAAAAGCUGUGUUAUUUUAGCAUCUAACAUAAAGAUUUAUUUUGAUGUUAAUGGUA